AUGUUAUUCUUGGCGCUACCCCUUUUCGCUUGCCUGUGCAUCGUAAGAACAUCAUGUCACCCACAGAAACCAGCAUAUCUAUCCUACGUAUCGCGUCCUGACAUUUUCGCUCCGGCUCUCGAUGUCAGGGUUUAUAAUGACACGGCCACUUCGCCCGGUUACAUUUUUCUUUCUACAUGGUCUGAUGAUUCGGAUGGGGUGCUUCAGAAUGGACCAUAUAUUUACACAACCGAGGGUGAACUAGUUUACUCCGGCUACCAACAUACCGAUCCAACGAACAGAUAUUUCAACUUCCAGACCCAUGGGUUCUCAAAUGGAAGUACCAUUCUGAGUGUUUUCCGAGGAAUCUCUAGCCGUGGUCGUGGAAAAGGUCAAGUCGCUUUAUUCGACUCUUCCUAUCAACUCAUUCGGACCAUCUCGUCCCCGGAAUUCGCAAGAUGGGCCUACGAUUUUCACGAAUUCUUACUACUGGAUAAUGGACAUACUGCUGUGACAGUAUCGCUACAGCCAAUUCAGACAGACUUAUCUGUUCACGAUAUCAAGGACGGAGUUGGCUGGUUAUUAGAUUCUGUGUUUCAUGUUACGAAUCUCGAAGAUGAUGAUGACGUGGUGUUUGAAUGGAGGGCCAGUGAGCAUAUCCCUCUCAACGAGAGUGUGCUACCACCGAGCUCAAAUCGAUAUGCUGGGAUGAGCUAUGGUGCAGCUUACGAUUAUUUCCACAUUAACUCCCUCGAUCGGUUCGWGAAUGGAGAUUGGCUUCUCUCUGCACGACACACAAACACGGUGUAUCGAAUUUCUGGCAAAGAUGGAUCCAUCGUAUGGCGUCUUGGGGGAAUCAACUCGUCGUUCGAAAUGAUUGAUUUCAUCUUUUCCGCCCAGCAUGACGCCCGAAUCGUCUCGGAGAGUUCUGAGCUGAUUUUCAUUAGCCUCUUCGACAAUGCCUAUAAUGGUAUGGCACAGACGAGCAGAGUCUCUUCCACCAUCAUCAUCGAGCUGAAUCUCCGGCUCAUGACGGCUCGUUUGUCGAAGCGUUUCUUUCCAUUGAAAGGUGGACUAGCUCAGAAUCAGGGCUCCAUGCAGAAUCUCCCCAAUGGUCACACUUUUGUGAGCUGGGGGUUGACAGCUGAGUUCUCGGAGUUCGACAACUACGGCACUCGGGUUCUGGAUGUUGCGUUCGUGGAUCCCACUAUGCGAGUUUAUCGCGUGAGCAGAGCGGAGUGGACCGGAUCGCCGCAGGUCGAGGCUAUUGCCUUGUAUCUUUAUGCUCGGAAUGCGAGUAGCUCGACUCAUUUCUGGGUAAGUUGGAAUGGGGCGACGGAAGUAAAGGAGUGGGUCGUAUACGCGACAUCAUCUGUGGUACUUGGCAGGACUGAGAACACCGGAUUCGAGACACAUCUUGAUGCUGGAAAGUUUGUGCAAGGAGGAUAUGUUGAAGCGAUUGGAAUAGAUGGCAAGAUGAUAGGACGAUCGAAGGAUGUUGAUGUCUUUCUUCCGCCAGCGAAUUUGGGCGAUGUGUGUGGAGAGGAGCACUGCACAAUGCAAGUCCUGCUUUCAGACGGUCCUUCCAGUCGUCCUAGCACAGUGAAGCCUGUACAGCGAACUCGAAUCGCGCUUCCUGGUCGAGACAUGACCUGGUUCAACAUUACCGCUGCAUUCAUUGCUGGUGCUUGCAUGGCGAGAGUGAGAUGGCCGAACAGGAUGUCAGCUUUUCGUCUGCCGCGUUGGUAUGCGCAGUAG